UACAACUUGCUACAAUUAUAUCGUGAAGUGAACGUGCUUCGAGACCACGGCAACCAAGCCUUCCCUGGUAUCGCAGUCCUGGCAAGAAUUUACCUCUGCAAACCACUCUCAACUGCUGCACAAGAGCGCUUUUUUAGCCUGAGUGGCUGCGUUGUAAGCGAUAUUCGUAGCUCCCUGGACGAUGACCGAGCUGAGCGCCUGUGUUUGAUGAAGGCGAAUUGGUCGGAGUAUAAGCAGUUGGAGAAGGAGAGUCAG